UCCCCCCCGGGCCGCUUCCUCCUGCAAAGCCUCCCCUCCCCCUGCGGCAGAGCCCCGCGCGCUCGGGGCCCAGCCGCGGCCUUGCUCGCCCCGGCAGCGUCGCAGCUAUGGCAACCCCCGCGGCCUAGCCCGGCCUACGGAAACGGAAGCCGGGCCCGGGGCCCUGCCACUCAGGGCAGCUGGGAGCGGCGAGGUGGGGCUGGUUUGAACCGUUGGCUGCUUAGCCUGGGUCCUAGGCUGGCAGCGGUCGCGUCCUCUCCGGGGCAGGGGGUCCCGGGCCCAGCAGUGCCUGGGAGAGGGUCGCUCCGUUCCCUUGGACUGGGGGGUACUGAGCAGGGGGCCCGCCAGCCUGAGACUCCCCCCAGACCAGCAUAGGGACCCCCUAAAACAGGCCUUGAGCUCCCCUUUCCCUCCUGCUGCAGCAGCUCCCCCAGCUCCCCCGUUGGGUGCUGUGCAAGCGUUGGGAGCCCCCGGCGAGACCCCCCCAGAGCGCGGGGGGGGGUGCUGGGCCCAAGCCUCGACGUCGUGGACCGUGAGGUUGGCUGUUAAGUGCACAAUGAGUAGUGAAGAGGAAACAUGGGAGAAGUUGGAUGCGGAAUUUGAUCACUAUGUUGUAGAUAUGAAGCCGUUUGUGCUAAAAUUACCACAUAAAUCAGAACGUCAGAGAUGUGCACUCUGGAUUAAAAAACUCUGUGAGCCCUCAGGAGCAGGUGCAGGAAUUAUGGGUAGAAAGAAUCGGAACCUGUAUGCAAAAUUGUUGCUGCAUAUGCUGAAACGAGGAGUUCUAGAAGGCCCUUUUACACAUAAACCUGAACCCGGAAUACUGAAAACCUUGCCUUCAUAUAUGUCAAUCUAUUUUGAUGAACCAAAUUCAACGAGAGCACAGAGUGGUAGCCCAGAAGCUUUACCUGACUGGGUCAUGGGAGAACUAGGAACAAGUGAAUCGAAACUGGAGGAAUCGUGGAAAUUCUCUUCUAGAGAGGAGUCAGCUUUGGUAGCAUCUCCACUUGCACAUAGGGAAAGAUACAAGUAUAACGGGAAGCUAGCAUUAAGGUCACAUUCUAUGAGUCCACCUCACCGGUCAGAUGAGGACAACCGUGCUGUGCAGACACCUGAAGUUCAACACAAAAAAACCAUUUCUUUGGACGACAGUGAUCUUGAAGCUCGUCUCAAUAGUUGGAAUCUUGGGCUAGAAAAUCCAAGAUAUUUGCGAGAGAAGCCCAUACCUCUGUCUCUGAUGACACCCAAAAUAGGCUUGGGAAAAAUUAGCACUUUUCGUGAUGAACAGUCACUGUUUCGCAUGCAUGAAAAAGAGCUGGAGAUGAAAACAAAAAUAAUGGAAGCUAAAUUUCAUGAAGAAAAGCUUAAAUUACAACAGAAGCAUGAUGCUGAUGUUCAGAAGAUUUUGGAUAGAAAGAAUAAUGAAACUGAGGUAUUGAAGACCCUCUACAAAACUAAACAGAAUGAAGCUGAGGAGACUAUUAGGAAGCUAGAGAAGAAAGUUCAGACCCUUGUUCGUGAGUCACAAGUUGUCCGAGAGACUAAGGAAAAGCAGAUUAUGGAGUUAAAGAAGUUGUGUGAGCAAAGCACAGAUUCUUUGAACAAUGACUGGGAGAAAAGGCUCCACAACGCUGUGGCAGAAAUGGAAAAGGAAAAAUUUGAUCUUCAGAAGAAACACACAGAAAAUAUCCAAGAACUGCUUGAGGACACAAAUGCACGUCUUAGUAAAAUGGAGACAGAGUACUUGGCACAGACAAAAGCAACUAACCAGAUGGUCAAAGAACUGGAGGCCCGUGUCCAGCAGCUGACUGUAGAGGCUGAAAAUAGUAAUUUACAGCGUCAGAAAUUAUCUCAAGAAAAGACUGAUCUAGAGCAAUGCUACCAAGCAGUAUGCACUGAACUGCAAGAGAUGAAAUCAAGGUGUAACUCCUUUCAGAAAGAGAAGGAUCGCAUUAUACAAGAUUAUGAACAGAAUAUUCAACAACAACAAAACAAAUAUGAUAUUGACAUAAGUUUUAUGAAACAAGAACAUGCUCUCUCUGCAGCUAAGGCAUCUGAUGUGAUUGAAGAAUUAGAACAGAGGGUGUCUGAAUUAAAACAACAGUUACAAGAAUCAGAACAUCAAAGGCAGCAACAGCUGAGGGAUCAAGAACACAAAUUUCAACAGGAAAAACUUCAUUUAGAGCGGAUUCAUGAAAAAAAGAUUCAUGGCUUCCAAAAUGACCUUGAUAAAGAGAGAGGGGAUGCUCAAAAGAAAAUUCGCAAACUGGAAGAGGCUUUGAAGGAGAAGGAGGAGCAGCUGACUCGGGUGACAGAGGUACAGAGGCUGCAGGCCCAGCAGGCAGAUGCUGCCCUGGAGGAGUUUAAGCGGCAGGUGGAGUUGAACUCAGAAAAAGUCUAUGCUGAAAUGAAACAGCAGAUGGAAAAGGUGGAAUCAGAUCUAAGCAGAUCAAAAUCUCUCCGUGAAAAGCAGUCAAAAGAAUUCUCUUGGCAGUUUGAAGAACUCAAACAAAGAUAUGAGCAACAGAUAGUAGAGCUGAAGCUGGAGCAUGAACAGGAGAAGACGCACCUAUUCCAGCAGCACAACACAGAGAAGGAUUGCCUGGUCCGAGAUCACGAACGGGAAAUUGAAAAACUGGAAAAACAGCUCCGCGCUGCCAUGACGGAGCACGAGAAUAAAACUCAAGAAUGCCGGAAACGAGAUGCACAGAUUAUCCAUGAUAUGGAGGCCCAAAUCCACAAGCUGAGAGAAGAGCUUAUUCAGGUAAAUGCUCAGCGGAAGCAACAGUUGGUAGAGCUUAGUCUUCUGCGGGAAGAAGAAAAGCAGCGGGCUGCUCGGGAUCACGAGACUGCAGUGAAUAAGCUUAAAGCAGAGUCGGAAAAGAUGACCUUAGAGCUGAAAAGGACACAUGCUGCAGAGACAGAGAUGACAUUGGAAAAGGCCAACAGCAGGUUGAAGCAGAUUGAAAAGGAAUACAGUCAGAAGUUGGCCAAAUCUUCACAGAUUGUAGCUGAACUUAAGACAACCAUUUCCUCUCUGACAGAGGAGAGCAGCCGGCAGCAGCUUGCUGCAGAAAGGCGGCUCCAGGAUGUUGUACAAAAGUUUGAAGAUGAGAAGCAGCAGAUGAUUAGAGAUAAUGACAGAGCAAUCAAGGCUUUACAAGAUGAAAUGGAAAAUUAUUGCAAUCAGGUACGAUCUACAGAAAAGAAGUUGCAACACAAGGAGUUGGAGACACAGGAACAGGUGACAUACAUACGACAAGAAUAUGAAACCAAACUCAAAGGUCUGAUGCCAGCAUCUUUGAGAAAGGAACUCGAAGACACCAUUGCAUCUUUAAAAUCUCAGGUACUGCUUCAAAAGUCCAUUGAAUUAAUUCCAAGUUUGGUUGAUAAAGGUUGAUAUAAUAUCUUGUCAAAGACAUUUGAUUUGGUACACACAACAUUUUAGUUUAGAUUUGCAGCAGGAAUUAACUCAGGAAAUCCUAUGACCUGUGUUAUGUGAUAGAUAAAACUAGAUGGUUCCUUCUUGUCUUAAAAUAUAUGAAACUGUAAAUUAAUCCCAAUGGCAGCCCUAGAAGUAAGAAUAGUAAACAUGAAGACAAACUGUUAAAUGUCACUUUUUUAAACCAAUGACUGAUCAUGUUUUAAAAAAAAAAAAAAAAACCCUUACCCCUGUGGAAGGGCUACUGGGUAGUGGAUAGUUAGGAAGCAGAUGUGAUGCAUCGUGAUUUCAGCCAGGCUUUUGACACAGCCCCACAUGACAUUCUCAUAAGCAAAUAAGAGAAAUGCGAUCUAGAUGAAAUUACUAUAAGGAGUAUGCAGAACUGGUUGAACGACCAUAAUCAGCGUAAUUAACGAUGGUUCACUGUCUACAGGGGAGGGUGUAUCUAGUGCAGUCCCGCAGGGGUCAAUCUUGGGUCCAGCAGAAUUCAAUAUUUUCAUUAAUGACUUGGUCAGUGGAGUGGAGAAUAUACAUAUGAAAUUUGUGGAUGACACCAAGGUGGGAGAGGUUGCUAGCACUUUGGAGAACAGGAUUAGAUUUCAAAAUUAACGUAACAAAUUAAACAAGAUGAAAUUCAAUAAAGACAAGUGCAAAGUACUGCAUUGAGGAAGGAAAAUGCACAGUAGCUGGCUAGGAAGUAGUACUGCUGAUAAGGACCUGGAGGUUAUAGUGGAUGACAAAUUGAAUAUGAGUCAGUGAUGUAAUGCAGUUGCAAAUAAGGCUAAUAUUCUGGGCUGUAUUCAUAGGAAUGUUGUAGGUAAGACAUGGGAGGUAAUUGUUCCACUCCACUAGGCGCCAGUGAAGCCUCAGUUGGAGUAGUAUCCAGUUCUGGGUGCCGUACUUUAGGAAGCACAUGGACAAACUGAGGAGAGUCCAGAGGAGAGCAACGAAAAUGAUAAAAGGUUUAGAAAACCUGACCUAUGAGGAAAGAUUUUAAAAACUGGAC